GCCGGGGGGGGCUGGCGGCAGGGCUCGGGGGGUGCCCGGGGGCCGCACUGGCAUCGCCGGGCAGUGCGGGGCGCCUGAGGCCGGCCCGGGAGGCAGCGGAGCCGCAGGGGCCCGGGGUAACACGGUGCAGCGGCUCCGUGCCCCAGGGCGCGGCCUGUGCCGGUGGGACCGAGCCUGAGGCCUGAAGCCGUCCCCGUGGGUGGGCCAGGCCCCCGCAGCGGCUGCGCGAACGGGAACGGGUGGCGGAGAGGGCCCCAGUGCGGGGGAGCCAGGCCUGGGCCCCCCUGCCCUAUUGCCUCCGAGGGGCCCGGCCGAGCAGCGCCCGGUAAAGCCUCUCCCUCCCGGUAAAGCCUCUCCCUGCCCAGGCCCGGGGGAAGAUGUCGGCGGAGCGAGGCCCUUGGGGCGGCCUCAGCCCCCUGCAGAGAGCUGCCCUGCUCCUGGGCGCCCCGGCCGCGGCCCUCGCCUGCUACAUCCUCUACCGCCGCUACCGGGAGAGCCGAGAGGAGCGCCUGACCCUGGUGGGGGCUGCGGAGAUGGAAAUGGAGGUGAGGGUGCCCCAAGCUGUCACCAAGUCCAUCAUCGGGCGCCGAGGAGUCACCAUCAAGAAACUGAGGCAGGAGAGUGGAGCUCACAUCGAGGUGUCGAGGCAGGAGGAGGGGGCGGACACAGUGCUGCUGCUCUCGGGCUCCCCGGAGCAGGUGGCCAGCGCCAAGGCCUCGAUCCACCGCAUCGCGGCGGAGAGCGUCCCGGUGUGCGAGCAGCUCUGCGUGCCGCGGCGCGCCGUGGGCAGGAUCAUCGGCCGUGGUGGUGAGACCGUGAGGGGCAUCUGCCGCAGCUCUGGUGCCAGGGUGUUGUGCAAGCCCGAGGCUGGCAUCGCUCCCUUGUGCCACAUCCAGCUCUCGGGCACCUGCGGGGAGGUGGCAGCUGCUAAGAAACUGAUCCUGGAGAAGCUACUGGAGGACGAAGCCUUCCACAAGCAGCUGGCACAGUCUGCUGCCAGCCGGUGCCAACGCAAGCAGCCCCUGGGCAGUCGCAGGGAGCCGGAGCCGCUCUGGGACUGGGCGCCAGAGGGCAGGGAAGAGGAAGAGGAGGGCAGCUGGGCCUGGGGCAAAGAGCUGCUGGACCAAGCUGCUUUGGAGGAGGCAGAGGUUGGCAGCAAGGAGUUGGAGGAGCUGCUAGUGGCAUCUGAUGUGCCAGUGCCAAAAUUUGAGGUGCCCAGCCCAGAUUUCAGCUUCCAGGCCGAUGAGCACCUGGAGGUCUAUGUCUCUGCCACGGAGAACCCAAACCACUUCUGGGUGCAGCUGAUUGGGCAGCGCAGCCUGGAGCUGGACAAGCUCUUAACAGAGAUGGCACAGCACUACCAGGGCAGCGCUGGGCACACGGCAGAGCUCUUGGAUGUCCAAGCUGGGGACAUUGUGGCUGCCCCAUUCCAGGAUGGUUACAACUGGUACCGUGCCCGCGUGCUGGGCACGCUGGAGAAUGGCAACUUGGACCUCUACUAUGUGGACUUUGGGGACAAUGGAGAGGUUCCUCGAGAGGCACUGCGAGCCCUCAGGAGUGACUUCCUGAGUUUGCCCUUCCAGGCCAUCGAGUGCAGCCUGGCUGGGGUUGCACCCAUUGGGGCUGAGUGGGAGGAGGUUGCCCUGGACACCUUUGAGCAGCUCACUCACUGUGCCCGCUGGAAGCCACUGGUGGCCAAAAUCUCCAGUUAUGCCCACUCCGGCCUGGGCAUCCACCUCUAUGAUGCCCAGGAUGGGCAGAACCUGGACAUCGGCGCCGAGCUGGUGCGGCUGGGCCACGCUGUGCCCGUGCCCUGUGCCCAGGAGGACAGAGGGGCACUGGGGGAUAGCCCAGGGGUGGAGGCCACAGCAGAGACACUGACAGCGCCACAGGCAGUGUCCAAUGCAGAGGAGCUCCUGGUGCCAGCACCAUGAUGCAGAGGAGCUCCAGGUGAUGCCACCAUAGCACAGAGGAGCUCCUGGUGCCAUCACUGUGCUGCCACCGUGGUGCAGAGGAGCUCCUGGUGCCAUCAUGGUGAUGCAGAGGAGCUCCAGGUGCUGCCACCAUGAUGCCAAGACCCUUCUGGUGAUGCCACCAUGAUGAAAGAACAGCUCCUGGCACCACCGCUGGCAAGUUGGAUUGUCCACGUGGAGCCUCCCUGGGCCGGCAAGGAGCUGCUGCAGGCGCCGGGGCAGCUUCUGGCCGUUGCUGGCUGCGCCUCUGCUGCCCGGCAGCUCCGGUACUCCCGGUUCUGAUCCCGGUUCUGCUCUUUUCACCGCAGCCCGAGUUGGCAGAGGGGCAGGAAGCGGUUUUGUGCCCCUGUUCAAUAAAAGAAGGUUUCGCAGCGC